AUGUGUGCCAAUACCAGUGAUGAUGCAAUUCAAGAACAUCAUACAAGCAAGCCCUCUAGCUUGGAAAGUGAAACGACCCACGAUACCGAAACAGAUGUUGACAGCCAAUCAGCUGCCGAAAAUUGCGACAAGGUGAGUUGUGACUAUCGGUCAGAGACAUCCGACACUAGUAAUAUCGAGAAUGAGGAUGAAAAUGUACAUGCAGAUACGGAACUACCUACCACCUCCAAGGAUACAGUACAUUCACGCGAGGGUGACACGACGAGUGAGUCCAGCAAUGACCUGAUGGAUACGUGUAUGAUUCCCGAAAUAAUUACUGGAGAACGUAGGAAAGUUUUGGAUGCGGAGCUAGAGGAUGUCCAAGAGAUCAAACGACGGCGCGAUAACAAAGGAAGGCCACAGAAAAUGGUCUUACGCCAGUCAACAGAGCGCCGAUACCCGUCGUGGCUUGAGGAGUACCUCGUGAAUGCUGCACUCCAUGAAAAUAGCGAAAGUCUUACAGCGAACCAUAGAUGGCGAGCAAAUGAGACCAAGAUUCCCAAAAGCUUUACUGAAGCGAUGAAGACGCCGCAAAAAGACGAAUGGUAUCAUGGUAUGGAGAACGAGGUGAACGCCAUGUUUUCUAAGAGAGUACUGGUUCCGAUAGAUGAAGCAGAAGACCCGGCGAAGGCAAACAAAUUAGGAUUAAUGUGGAGAUUCCAAGUGAAGACUGAUGACCAAGAAUUCAUUACUCGUUUUCGUCCUAGACUUGUAGGAUUAGGAAACCAUCAGCAGCCAGGAAUUGACUACGUGGAAUCAUUUUCGCCUGUCGCACGGAUUGUUACCUUUCGAGUGUUGGUACAAAAUUCGGACUGGUUUUAUAUCAAGGAGAUGUACAAACAGCAUACUUGA